AGACUAUGUACGGCCAUGAUAACAACUUACUGACGUGCAAAUGUUGUUGACUGAACUGGAAACUGUUGAGGCGGAUUCUGUCCUCGUUGCUUCGCAUGCUUCUUGCAUAAUGAACUUUUUUUUUAGAACUAGGUUAUAUUAUACGAAGCUAGCUGCAUUGGUUUCAACGUGCAGAAACAAGCUAGCGAUUGAACAGACAACAACUGAACUGAAUCAUCUAUCACUACAGUGCAUGCACUGUGACUAGUGACAGUCUGUGGCAUGUGUAUUUCGCCAUUCUCACGAUUCGACAAGAUCUAGUAUAUUAACUGAUUAUUUUGAUUAGCAUCAUUCAGCUCCGCCUACUGUUUGAUGCCGUUUGAUGUUUAACAUUUACUAGAUUCUCCCAUUAUCUGCUUGGAUAUCAUAUUCAUAACAAGGUCUACAUUUACUCUUUAUUGUCAGUUAGAAUUCGGUCUGAUUUCGACUGACUCAUUUUGUGAAAGAAUUGUGUUUCCCGACGUCUGCAAAAUGCCGAAGCGAAAGCAUAGAUCCAGUCGGCGUGAUCGUGAAGAAAAGCCAGGAUGUCUUGUUCACUGGUUUCGUAAAGGACUUCGUCUUCAUGAUAAUCCUGCACUCAAGGAAGGACUCAAAUCAGCCAGUGGAUUCAGAUGUAUUUAUAUUCUAGACCCUUGGUUCGCAGGAUCUUGUAGCAAAGGAGUCAACAGAUGGAGGUUUCUAUUAGAAUGUUUGGAGGACCUAGACUCCAGUCUGAGGAAGCUCAACUCGAGACUCUUCCUAAUCAGAGGCCAACCUGCAGAUGUGCUUCCAAGACUCUUUAAGGAAUGGAAAGUAACGCAGCUGUCGUUUGAAGAGGACAGCGAGCCGUUCGGGAGGACCAGAGACAAGGCGAUCAGUACCUUAGCGCAGGAGGCCGGAGUGAAGGUCAUCUCUAAGGUGUCUCAUACCCUCUAUGAUCCACAAGAAAUCCUUGCCUUGAACAACAAUGAGCCUCCGCUGACCUACAAGCGUUUCCAGGAUAUCAUCUCUCUGAUGGGCAUACCCAUCUAUCCCGCCGAGGCAUUAGAAGCUGAGGAUGUCGAGGGGCUCGAUACCUUCAUCGAUCCCAAUCAUGAGGACAAGUAUGGCAUCCCAACUUUAGAAGAAUUAGGCUUUGAUCCAGAAGAUGUCCCACCUCCCAUGUGGAUUGGUGGAGAAACGGAAGCGAAGCAGAGACUUGACCGUCAUCUCGAAAGGAAGGCCUGGGUUGCCAAUUUUGAGAGGCCACGGAUGUCCCCAGCCUCACUGAUGGCAAGCCCUGCCGGCCUCAGUCCCUACCUCCGUUUUGGCUGCCUCUCUCCAAGAACUUUCUACUGGAAACUCACAGAACUCUAUCAAAAGGUUCGCAAGACGACCAACACGCCCCUUUCACUCCACGGCCAGCUCCUGUGGCGGGAGUUCUUCUUCACGGUGGCCUGCAAUAACAGGCAGUUUGAUCACAUGGUGGACAACCCUAUCUGCAUACAGAUACCCUGGGACAAGAAUACUGCUCUCCUCAACAAAUGGGCAAAUGGUGAGACUGGAUAUCCUUGGAUCGAUGCAAUCAUGACACAGCUACGUCUAGAAGGCUGGAUCCAUCCGCUGGCCAGGCAUGCCGUUGCUUGCUUCUUGACCAGGGGUGACCUCUGGAUCAGCUGGGAGGAGGGAAUGAAGGUGUUUGAUGAGUAUCUCCUGGAUGCUGAUUGGAGCGUCAAUGCUGGGAACUGGAUCUGGUUAUCCUGCAGCUCCUUCUAUCAACAGUUCUUCCACUGCUACUGUCCUGUCAAGUUCGGCAGACGGACAGACCCUAACGGAGACUAUGUCAGGAAAUAUCUACCAUUUCUCAAGAACUUCCCCUCCAAGUACAUCUUUGAACCCUGGACAGCCCCCAUUGAGGUGCAGGAGAAAGCUAAGUGUAUCAUAGGCAAGGACUAUCCUCUACCAAUAGUUGACCAUGCGGAGGCGUCUCAUCGGAACAUUGAGCGGAUGAGGAAGGUCUACAACAACCUGUCACGGCGCGGUGGACCAGGCAUCUUGGGAUCGGUUCCGAGUUCCCAGGCGGCGUCCGCCCCUCCCCAGCUUGGUAAAUUCAACAUGUCCUCCAAGCUGAUGAUGACGAAACAGCAGCACCAGCAACAGACUCAAGAGACACCAAUGGCACCACCAGCCGGUAACGAUAGCGACCUGAUGCCUAGACCAGCCAAGAUGCGCUUCAUGGGGACGGGAAUGAGCCAUAUGCAGAUGCUCUUAGGUGGGAACACCAGCACUGGCAUUGGCGGAACAGGUGUAGUCGUAGGACCAGGUGUCAGCGGUGUAGGAGCAGGUGUCGGUGUCGGAGGUGUCAGCUUAGGGGCUGGUGUCAGCGGAAUAGGACCAGGUGUAGGCGUAGGACCGGGUGUCAGCGGCAUAGGAGCCGGUGUCAGCGGCAUUGUAUCUGUAGGUGUUCCAUGUGUCCGGGGCGUGGAGGUCAGCGGGAUAAACGUGACCGAUGUGACAAGUCACCUUCCAGGAUCCAGCGGUACUAAUGUCUUGAGCUACCAACCGUCCCUCGACAUGCAGCAGCAACACCAACGACAGCAGCAGCAGCAACAACAUCAGCAACAACACCAGCAACAGCAACAGCAGCUGAGUCAACAAAUCAUGCCAGUUGACAUGGCUACCUUGAGCCAGAUGGACGUCCCUGGAACGUCAGGAAGCCUUCUUAAGGAACUCGAAGGAACCAAUUGGCAAACACACUGGCAGUUCACCAACCAAUGACAUUCUUAAAGGAGAGGAUCAACUGAUUUUGUUUCAUCGAGCUAAGGUUGAUCAUCAGAGAUUAUGAGUAUGUUAUAUAUAGGCUUUUUCGUUUUUCAGGAUUAAAUCUAUAUGUUCCACUUUUGUGUGAAUACUGAUGUUGUAUUGCCGGAGAACCACACUAAAUUUCUGAUAGGAGAAAUUAUGUGCUUACAUGUACACACAUCAUGGUGACCUUAGAGGAACUUGUUUGAUAGAUCUGUAAUGACUAUACAAAUGCCAGUUUAUUUCUCCAUUUUCCAGUUUGUUUUCUCGAUCCUUCAAGCCAUUUGGUCAUUCAAGAGUCAAUGCAAUGAAUCGGGAGCACUUGCGUGCGAAAAGGGCAAUUAGAUUUCGGUAUGUGUGCAACAGCUCUAUCUAGUGCCGCAUGAACGUGCCUACCAUCACGACAGACAAUUGUGCCUUGCCGUCUAGUUCUAGAUGUCUUCAAGGCACAAUUGGUGACUUUACAAGCGCAAAUUUGGGCCCUGCGCCCGCCCAUUCAAGGCGUAACCUAUGGUAUGUUUUUGAAAGACAAUCUGGCAUUGAAUUCAUAGAUAGUUUAAGGCUGAAAUGGAUAGACCUAUGGGACUUUUUUAGAAGACAAUCUGGCAUUGAAUUCAUAGAUAGUUUAAGGAUGAAAUGGCAUGACCUAUGGUAUGGUUUUGAAAGACAAUCUGGCAUUGAAUUCAUAGACAGUUUAAGGAUGAGAUGAUCAUCUUGCUAAAAAGAUAUUUGUAAAUAUAUGUCUACUUUGUAAACCUAUCCUCUAAAUCUUUCAUUGGUGAAUUCAUUGUUUUUCACUAUACAUUCACAUCGUGUAAGGUGUCUUUGAUAUAAUUUUGUGAAAUAUUUUUAAAAUAUUGUGUAAUUGCACAUGAAGGCACUUAUCAUCAUUUAUUGGAAAUUGGUUUCACCGUCUCCACAAUUUU